CGUUUUCAUUUGGUUUUGGUAAAACCAACAUCGUCGUUCCUCGCUUUUUUGCUACAGAAUUAUUUUUAUUUAAAUAAAUUAGAAAUAAAAAUAAUUUAUUUAAAUUUAGUAGAUUAAUAGUAGCACUAACAAUUAAAUAUUCAUAAAAUAUUUAACGAAGAACGUACAAAUAGAGAAUACUUUUUUCGUUUUACAACACCAGAAAAAGACGAAAAAGAUCUACACUACGGAGAAAUUGAUUUUUCAUCGUUACACAUAGGCAAAAAACAGAUACGAAAGCGAGGCGGCGGAUUUGGUUCAUAUAAAAAUAGUGUCCAAUAAGUAAACCUAUCUGAAAACUUUUCUCCCAAAACAUAUAAAGUUAGGAUAAAUAUAAAGUUUCGAAAUAUAAAAUUCGAAUAUCACUACUUCAUUUAAAAUAUCGAUAACUUGUUAUAAACCAAAACAAAAAGGAUAUGUAUGCAAACGGUUAUACUGCUGCAGCUCCGGGAGUUGGUGGUGCGCCAAUUCAAAGUUACGGAAAUGCCAAUGCCGGCGGACCUCCACGCGCAGAUCGUCCCCACUAUCAGCGCAAUGCGAAUGGCAUAGCUAAUGGUGCUGUUAGCGCUGUUGCAGGCGGUUACGGCGGUGCCCCCAACAACAUGGCAGGAGGUUACGGCGGUGCUCCGCAGAAUGCAGGAGGUUACGGAGGUGGUUAUCGCGGCAGUUUUAACCCUAUGAUGCCUAACGGAGGUUUCUACGGUAAUACUGGUGGAGGCUUUCAACCACGUGCCAAAAAUCCUAAUUUUACACCACGGUAUCAAAAACCACAAAAUAGUGGAGGCUACCAAGGCAACAAUAUGUAUAAGCCGUCAAUCAACUUGGCCAAUCUAUCCAAGGAAGAGCGUGCCGAAUUGCAGCGUGAAAAGGCUAAAAAUCCUGGACGAACCCUUGUCACACCCGAGUGGCACAAUUUACAACCAUUCAAGAAGAACUUCUAUAACCCCCAUCAAAAUACUUUGAAUAUGAACGAGCAGCAAGUGGCAGAUAUGCGGGCAGAUUUACAGAUUACAGUAUCGGGCAAUAGCAUUCCCCAUCCAAUUGGUUCUUUUGAAGAGUGCACACUCCCUGAAUACACCAUAGAAGAGAUGAAACGCCAAGGUUUUACCAAACCUACAGCUAUUCAAGCUCAAGGUUGGCCUAUUGCCCUGUCAGGACGUGACUUAGUGGGUAUAGCUCAAACAGGAUCGGGAAAGACAUUGGCUUACAUGUUGCCGGCCAUGGUCCAUAUCGCCAACCAACCACCAUUACAACGUGGUGAUGGUCCAAUUGCUUUGGUUCUUGCUCCAACUCGCGAGUUGGCCCAACAAAUACAAUCCGUUGUUCGCGAUUAUGGUCAUUUGUGCAAACCCGAAAUACGGCACACAUGCAUUUUUGGUGGUUCUUCCAAGGUGCCACAGGCUCGCGAUUUAGACCGAGGUGUUGAGGUUAUAAUUGCCACACCCGGCCGUUUGAUCGAUUUUCUUGAGAAUCGUACUACUAACUUGAAACGCUGCACCUAUUUGGUGCUGGAUGAAGCUGAUCGUAUGCUGGACAUGGGCUUCGAACCUCAAAUCCGCAAAAUCAUUGAACAAAUACGUCCAGAUCGUCAGGUUGUUAUGUGGUCAGCCACUUGGCCCAAAGAGGUUCAAGCGUUGGCCGGUGAUUUCCUUAACGACUACAUUCAAAUAAAUAUUGGCUCGAUGAACUUGUCAGCUAAUCACAACAUUCGUCAAAUUGUUGAAGUUUGCCAGGAGAAUGAGAAGCCACAACGCGUUGUCAAGCUAUUGAAUGAGAUACUACCAACCACCAACAAUGCUGCGAAUAACAGCAACAAAAUUAUUAUAUUUGUAGAGACAAAAAUUAAGGUUGAAGAAAUCUUGCAAAUCAUUCGCAGUGAAGGAUAUACUGCAACAUCCAUACACGGUGAUAAAUCUCAAGCGGAACGUGAUUUAACCUUAAAAGAUUUCCGUAAUGGUAAGUCCAAUAUUUUGAUUGCUACUGAUGUUGCUUCACGUGGUUUGGAUGUUGAGGACUUGCAAUAUGUAAUCAACUACGAUUAUCCGAACUCAUCGGAAAAUUAUGUUCAUCGCAUUGGCCGCACCGGACGCUGUCAACAGCUAGGCACUGCUUAUACAUUCUUCACACCAGACAAUGCCAAACAGGCAAGAGAACUAAUUUCAGUCUUGGAAGAGGCAGGACAACAGCCAAAUGCCGCUUUAAUAGAUAUGGCCCGAUCCAUGGGAGGCAGCGGCAAUGGGCGUGGCAACAAUAACAAUCGACGUUGGAUGCAAAACAAUGGUGGAGGCCACCAGCAACAGCAACGCAACAAUCCCUUGAAUUAUCAAGCUAAUGGCGGUGGUAAUUCUGGUGGCUAUACCCCAAAGCCACAUUACCAGCAAUAUGGUAACAAUGGUGGUGGUAACAGCUAUAAUGGUAAUCAAGGUGGAACUCCUGGAGCAUCUCGAAGCGGAAACGGGGGCAUGGGUAAUUGGAACAAUCGAAAUAACGGCCAAUUCAAUAGUAAUGGUCAAGAUCAGGGCCAAGGAGGAAACAGAACCUAUCGGCCACGAGCACCUUUCAAUAGUGCUAACGGUGGUGGCCCACGACCAGUCAUGGGCGGUUUUAUGCAUCCCCAUAUGGCGCCACAUAUGCAACAGGGUGCCGCUGCUAGUUAUAUGUCACCGCAGCAACAGUAUCGCCCUCGUGGCCAGUAUAUGCCACCAAAUGGCAAUGCACCACGUUUCCAACAACAACAACAGCAGCAGCAGUUCCAAAAACGUGAAUACCAGCAACAACCAGCAAACGGUCAAUUCAAUAAGCCUCAGUCACAACCACAAAUGGAGAAUAACCAGUGUCAAAAUGAGAACGCAGUGGCAGCACAACAACAACAACAGCAACAGCAGCAACAACAGCAAAUGGCAAAUAUUGCGGCUGCUGUGGCCGCGGCUAGCGGUCAAGUAGGUGGGCCAGCAGAAUAUCCCAGCAAUGUGUCCACACCACCAGCUGGCGCCCUUUACGCAGCUCCAGCCCAAUCGCCUCCAACAUCGGCAGGUGCUGCCUAUAUGUACGAUGCCAGCGGUAUGCUGGCAGCCGCCGCUGCAGCCGGCAAUCCCUAUGCCACAGGACAAUUCGGACCACCACCCACAGCCUACUAUGCCCAUCCCCAUCAGUUCACCACUGCUGCUCCCGCUGCUCCAAAUGGAAUGGCCACCAAUGGCAAUGGAGCUGGCACACCUGGCGCCGAAAUGAUGGGUCAACAGCAACAGUAGAUUGCAUUGCCGCCGAGGCUAAAGACCAUUUCUUGAUGGAAAUACUUUAUAUUUUCUACGCCCCAACUUCCUUUUUUGCUUAUUCUACAUAAAAGAAACAAGUAAAUAUUACUACACGAUUAUUAAUAAUUCAAAUGAAGGUAACAAUUAAUAUAUACUACAUAUAACGUAAUGAAGAAUAUCAAUUAAUCACCACUAAGGGAUAAAACGAAAAACAAAAACCAAAACAAAAACAAAAACGAUUUCUUUUUCUCCAAACUCACAAAAUAUAUUAAAAUCGAGUUGUACAAAACCGACGACGACUAUGUCAAACGAGAGGAGUUUUUUUCGCCAAAGUAAGCAGAAAAGCAGGAUCGACUAACAGCAUUUUGUAGCAGCAACAUCUACUAUUAGAUGCUGGUCAUCUAUGACAACUCCUUAUUUCAAAAUAAGUAAGAAAACGAAGGAACAAAUCAACAUUUCCGUCAUCCCCAUCAUAUGCCCACACAAACAUAAGCCCCCAACAUACAUACAAAUAAUGUGUUCUCGAACUUUUUCUGCCACCCUUGGAUAUAAAUGCAUUUACUAUGUGUGGCUGAAUGUGAUGAAUGAACGAAGAAGAAAUAAAGAAUGGAGGAGGAGGCAGGAGAGAAAAGAGCACAUUAAUCUUGUAUAUGUAGAAUUAAUGAAAAUAAUUAUAACCAUAGUAAUACAUUUUUAUAUUUUGUCCUAGAAAUGAGUCUACUACACUCUUCUACGUUUAACAACAACAAUAAUAUUUUUUAUAGAGUUGAAAAUUUUUUUUUUUUUUUGAAAUCGAAUUAUGUAUUUAUAAUUUCACUUAAAUUUUACUACCCCUUUUAUAUGUUUUUUUUUUCUUAUAUAUAGUUUUUUCUCUUUAACAUUUAGUUUGUAAAUUUACAAUGAGUAACAACAAAGAAUGUUCAAAAAGAAAGAAAAAAUAAUGCAAAAAGAAAUAUUUCAAAUUAACACAAGUCAAAUCAGUUCGUAGAACCAGCAAAAAAACACCACUUCAAAUUAUGCAUAACAAUAUUAAUUUGAUUUAAACAAAUUAAUGAGCAACAAACAAAUUUCCACACAAUUUUUCAUUUGUAUUUUAAGUAUGACGAGAAGAAGUUUACAAGAGUUUUUUUUUUUUUGUAAAAUUUCAAGCAAAAACAUUUUCCUUUGACAAUUUCUUGUUGAAAAAAAGUAAAGUAAAUUGAUACUUGCCAAAGCCGCCGCCGUCGCCAACGUCGCCGCCGCCGUCACCGUCUCGCCUUUUUGUCAUUUAGAUACAUAGAGAUUGUUGUAUUCUCGCAGAGAAUAGACAACAACAAAAACAACCAAAUUUAAAUGUUUGAAUUUAAAUUUAAAUGAAAUGCAAGCCGCCGCCAGCAAGGACGUCGAUUCUUAAAAUUAGUAGAAAUUAGAUCCAUUAUCAACAACAUUACUUCUUCUUCUUAUUCUUCUUCUUAUACGACCAAAAGAAGAGCAAGCAAAAUAAGCAAAACAUUAAGAAAUUGAAAUUCAAUACAACCAAAUAUUUAUAUAUGUAUUUAAAAUGCGCCACAUUCAUCCAUACAAAUAUAAGAAGGGAUUUUUUUUUUUGAAUUGUUUACUACAAUUUGAACGAUAAGUAACACUAAAUACAUUUUCUGUCAUACGAAAAAGGAGAGAAAGAAUGAUGAAGAGACAAAAGUUGUUAAAUUAAAAACGCAUCUAUUUACAAGCGAUUGCUAUUGAAAACCAAUUUUAUACUAGAGAUUUCGUAGUUGCAGUUUUCCAAAAGUUUGUACGUAACAUUAAUAAAUUUAACAACUUUUGUGCAUUUUUAUUGAUUUUUUCUUGAAUCUUUCGAGCAGAACAUUUAGUAAGAUCUCCUUCUAUGCUACACACAUUAUUCGAAAUGUAUAUGUAUAUUAAAAAUUAGUUAUUUUGCAAGCCAAGUCAAACGAAUCGAAACAAAAUAUAAGAAUCCUUUUUAUGUGUGUUGUGUUUUUUAUCGGAACAUAUAAAGAAAAAAACAGAAACUAAUGAAUGGAUAUUGGGAAAAUCAAGAGCGCGAAACAAAAAACUUUAUUCCUCCCCAGAUUAAUUCUUAGAACAAACAAAAAGAAAGAAACACGAAUAAACGAACAAAUAUACAAUUCGAAUUUAAAGUGUUUGAAACAAAAUCUAGAUUUUAGUCGUUCAAAACUCAUUUAGAACAAAACCACAUAACCAUAAUAAAUAUGAUAAUGAAAAUAGAGAAUACAAACACACAACCAAAUGACAAAGAUAUACAUUUGUUUUUAUUUAAUUUAAUUUGUUUUUGUUGAAUAUAUAUAUUUUUUUUCUUAUACCAAAACAAGCUAAAAAAAACAUUCUCAAAUAAACAAGUAUUUUUGUUAUCCAUCGACUUUAGAGGAAUGGACAGAAAACAAAAACGAAAAAAGCAUUAAAUAAGUCCGUGUGGUUUUUGUUAGAAUCUUUGUAAAGCAACUAAGAACCACAACAAGCAAAUAAACAAAGGAUCUCAUAUUUUUAAUUACUAUUACGAUAUUAUUAUUUUUGUUUUUAAUAUUUACGUAAACUCUCUACACUCUAUAUAACAAAUGCUGUGAGUGUUGUUUUUCUUCGUAGCUUUUUAUUACUCUCUUCAGUGAAGAGAACAAAAGUUAAGGAAUAAACAAUAUUUUUGCAUUUAUUAUACAAAAGCUGGAUUAAUAAAGAAAAAGAAAAACACAAAGCAAAUAGCAAACCAAGAAAUAAACUUAAAAAUUGAUACUAUUUUUAAAUGAAAUACAUGUGAUGUGAUAUAGAUUUAAAAACGAAAAUACAUUUUUAUGGAUGACAUGAGGCACAUUCUCUUUUAAUAUUAUUAUGAUUAUUUUGUUUCUGUUUUUACUAACUUUAAAAAUGUACCUAAUAUUUUUUUCUCACCCCAAAAUGAAACACUGUGCUGCAGGCAAAAAAAAAAAGUAAAGAAAAGAAAAGAGACCGAACGGGUUGUUACAUUAGCCGUGUUUGUUAUUUUUUUUAAUUGCAGUAUUGUGCUCAUAUAAAUUUGUAUUUCCUUACCUACCCUUUGCCACUCGAAAGAUAACUAUCUAUCUGAUGAUACAAAAAGAACAAGAAAGAAGCUAUGUAUAUCUUGAACUUGAAGAAAAGUUUUUUUCACACAUGCGAAAUGACUGAUUUGGGUUCAUAUUUUUUACCAUAAAUUUAAAAACAAAAAAAAAAAACAAAACAAAAAACAAAUAUCGUAUCGUAUGUUACCAUAGUGGAUGAAACAAGUAAACAACCAACCAACAACAACAAACCAAAAUGUGAUAUUUCUAACAAAAACAAACAAAAAAUUGUAUUACAUUUUAUUAACAACAACAACAACAACCAUGAGAGAAUAAGUAAAACUAGAUUUGUUUAAGAAGCAAACAAAAAACAAAAAACCUCAACGUCGUGGUAGUAUCUCAAACGUUUAUUUAUCGAAAAUCAAAAAUGGAUACAUUACUAAAAAACAUGGUGCUAAAUUUUCUUUGAAAUGCAUUAGCCACACAAAACCCACACACCCACAAUUUUUGAAAAGAAAAUUCUCUUUUCCAAAAAUUGUAACAUAUGAAAUAAAUCAAGUAACUUAAAAAGACUAAAUUACUAUUACUACCAGAUAUAAUCAUUAUAAUUAUUAUACUUUUUUUUUUGUGUAACAAAAAAAAUGAAAACUUGCAAAACCAAAACAACAUACGAUAUUAUAUUGUAAACGAAGGCAAAAAAUUAACAAAAUUAAAUAAAUUGUUGUUCUCAUUGAUUGAUGUAAAUUGAAUUAAAAAGAUAAUUUACCUACCUAUCAAUAUUUAUUUCUUUUAUUUAUUAUUUUCUUGAACAUCAUUUUUUUUUUACAUUCGAUUGGUUUCCUUCCUUAUUUUUAGAAGAAAUCAAGAGUUGAAAUUCACCCCACACCAACCACCACACCAUCAUUGUUUGCAAUUUUUUCACCACAUUUUGUUAAUUUUUCUACAUUUUCUUAAUGAAGACCAAGCCAAGAAAAAAAAUGAAAUUUCAAAAUUACAAACCAAACUACUAAAACCAUUUUCAGAGUACAGAAUCAAUUAAUUCAACUAAUAAACAAAUACUUUCUUUUAUUACUCAUUGUAUAUGCAAUAACUUAUGUUACACACAAUUGUCAUUAAACUUAGAAAGCAAAACACAAAUAAAUUGAAUUUUUUUUUUUGUUAACUUUUAUUUUUUUUUUUUGAAAUAUACAUACAUAUAUAAUAUACAUAAUUUUGUUUUUUAAGUUUUUUCUUUCAUACCUUUCUUUGUAAAGAACAUUGGUACUAAGCCAAAUAAAUGAAAUUUCCAUGGCAAUUUUAUUCCACUCGUGACAGUUUUGUAGGAACCAUGAUUUCUGAUGAAAAACAACAAAAAAGAAAAAUAAGGUCCGCAUUAUUUUCAAUGUAGUCCCAUAUAUUGGCCAUACAAUGUGGUUUCAAUGGAAAAGGAGAACUAUGAGAUUUUUGUAUGCAAACAUUUGACUAGAAAAGUUGUCAGCAGCAGGGUGUUUGUACUUUUCUAAGACCAAGUCAGAAAAUGUCCAAAGUGAAGACCAAUAAAGGCAAACGGCCUUACAAAUGCAAAUUUUUCCCAUGAACAUUCCACCAAGGAACAGGGGCAAACUUCUCACAUAUCAAUGAGUGCAGUCCGAUUCAAGUAAGCUCAAUGAUAAGUGGCGUGUCACAGUGCGACACCUCUUUGGAGAGAAGUUUUACAUGGCAUAGUAAUUCACAAACGUUGCUAGCAUUAGGAGGGGAAAACCACCGCUGAAAAUUUUUUUCUGAUGGUCUCGCCAGGUUUCGAACCCAGGCGUUCAGCGUCAUAGGCGGACAUGCUAAUCUUUGCGCCACGGUGGCCUCCAAGAAAAAAAAAACAAACUAUUAAAUGUUCAAAAUUCUCAGUAGUUCCAGAGGUUUUGCCCACAAAAUUACCAAGAUUGUAUGUUUAAAUAGUUUUCACCAGGUUAUUGUAGCAAUAAAAUAUUGUAGCUAUCAAGUACAGACAAGGGUAGUUCUGGCUCAAUUCCAAUUGGGCUGAAAUUGUUUCCAACUUCAUAGGCGUGUGUGUCGAUUAUAACCAGGGACCACACAUCACAAAUAUCAAAUGCAUGGUGGUGCACAUUGAAUUGAGUGCAUACUAUUUCGAUGGGUAGGAUAAUUGGCGUAGCAAAGGUUCAUAGAAAUGGAAAUAUUGUGAUUAAAGCUCAAUCUCCACAAGGAUGGUUUUUGUACCCCUUUUUGACACUCUUGGAUAAUUGUGGGAUUUUAAAAUGAAAUUUCCAUGGCAAUUUUAUUCCACACUUGACAGUUUUGUAGGAACCAAGGUGUAUUUAUAAGGUGGCCGCAUCGGCGAAUUGCUACACCAAAGCAACUUUUUAUGGGAACUUGAUUUGUAUACAGAGCGAAAAAAUUCGAUUCGACUUGACAUUUAAAAUUUCGGCAAAACUGGCUUCGAACAAUCAGAGCAAGAAGAAAGAAGUUUAUUUAUACUUGAGUGUCAAGCAAAAAAAAAAAAAAAAUUAUAAAAUGUUCAAAAUUCCCAUUAGUUCCAGAGGCCUUACCCACAAAACCACCAAGAUGGCAGGUUUAAAUAGUUUUCACUAGGUUGUUGUAGCGAUAAAAAAGCUACCAAGGGCAGACCAAGGUAGGUUUGGCUUAGUUGGGCUGCAACUGUUUCCAACGUCCUAGGUGUGUGUCACAUCAGAUGUGUCAAAUGCAUGACUCUCUGGUGCACAUGAGGAUUCCUUCUGAGUAUAGUUCAUUUUGAUGGGCAGAAUAAUUAGCGUACCACUAACAAAGAGCUCAAUAGGAAUAUUGUGAUUAACAGCCCCAUUCUGAAUAACAAUUCCCUUGGAGUUUAUUCGCUAAUCCCUUUUCCCUUAUUCUAAACAAACUUCGAAAAAGAGAAAUAUCUCCCAGGGAAAAAAGUAGCUAUUCUGAAUCGAUAUAAAAGGGAGAAUGAGACUCUAAAACUUGGGAGAAAUUCUCCCAAGCAAAUGAAAGGGAGCUAGGAUAAAAAAUUAUGAAUUUUAUGUUUUUAUAAAAAAAUAGUACCACUUCUUAUUAUUUACGAAAAAUUUUAAACGUAUGGAAAUUAUUUUUCACUUUUCAUCAAAAUCAAGUAAAAAUGUUCUCCCGGUUUAAAUAUGUCAUGUACCUACCAUAGACGAUAUGCCUAAGUUUUUCAAUUUUAUUGGCACUCCGUUCCGAGUCGGAUACUUAAAGGAGGUCCCUUAUCAUUGAGCUUAAAGUAGAAUCGGGCGGCACUCAAUGGUGUUCAAGAAGUCUUCUGCCUGUUCCUUAAUGCAAUGUUCGUGGGCAAUUAUUCAAAGAUUCUUGACGCCACGUUUGGCAGCAUUUACUCCACAGGAGUAAGAAUAAAUCCAUAAGUCGCUUUUCGGCAGCACUAUGUCCAGCGGCCGUCCCAAACACCAAGAAAAGCGGCCAUCGCUGGGAAAAGUCUAUUAGAUCUUCAAAUUCUAGCUCCAUAAAAGUAGGGCUUUACAUAAAACGGCGUAUCAGGCAGACCACCACAGCAUUUAUGACGACGAAGGAGAAGCAAACGUCUAUAUUACGAUUCAGCCACCUUAACUACUUUAGGCAAGGGAAAACGCCAACAUGCAUGCAACAUGUGCCCCACAUGCAACCAGUUGCAACACGACACAAUUAAUCUGUCUACCGGACCACUCUGGAAGCAUCUAUUUUAGCAAACGAUUGUUGGAUGAAGACGGAAAGUAACAACACCGAAAUAUGGUGACAAACUGUAGGCCAUAAUUGUGGACUAUUGAAAUAAAGAAAUUAAAACAAACAUUACAAAAGCAACAGUAAACAUGUUUGUAAACCUUUUUAGCAACCUUUAUAACUUCUUUUGGCUUAUUUUUCCAUUUUAUGUUCUCUUUCUGAAAAAUAGUAGUCAAAUGUUAAGGUAAAACAAAAUAAAACAGCUGAAGCAAAACAGCUGUUAUCGAAAAUUCGAAAUUCCCUUUCCCCAUUCAAUCAGAAUAGGAGAAUUUUAUUCGAGGGAGAAAUUAAUUCCCAGGAAGUUUUCAGAAUUGGGCUGUGUAAGUCCAUCUAGUGAUGUCCGCCUGUCUGUCGAAAGCAUGCUAACUUUCGAAGAAGUAAAGCUAGCCGCUUGAAAUUUUGCACAAAUACUUCUUAUUAGUGUAGGUCGGUUGGGAUUGUAAAUGGGCCAUAUCGGUCCACGUUUUGAUAAAGCUGCCAUAUAAACCGAUCUGGGAUUUUGACUUCUUGAACCGCUAGAGGGCACAACUCUUAUCCGAUUUGGGUAAAAUUUUGCAUGAGGUGUUUUAUUUUGACUUCCAACAACUAUGCAGAGUAUGAUUGAAUUCGGUCCAUAACCUGAUAUAGCUGUCAUACGAACCUAUCUUGUCUAUGUCUUGACUUCUGGAGCGUCUAGAGUGCACAAUUCCUAUCCGAUUUGGCUGAAAUUUUGCAAGACGUGUUAGGUUGUGACUUCCAGCAACUGUGCCAAGUAUGCUUUAUAUUGAUCCAUAACCUGAUAUAGCUGCCAUAUAAACCGAUUUUGAUUAUUGACGUUUUGAGCCACAAGAUGGCGCAUUACUUAUCCGAUUUGGCUGAAAUUUAGCAUGAGGUGUUUUGGUUUGACUUCUAACAACUGUGCCAAAUAUGGUUCAAUUCGAUCCAUAACCUGAUAUAGCUGCUUUUUUAACCGAUCUGGGAUCUUCUCCAUAUGACUUCUUGAAUCUCCAUAUGACGUAAUUACUAUCCAAUUUGGCUAAAAUUUUGUGCAACAUGACCUUCAAUGGUUCGAAUCGAUCUAUAGUUUGAUACAGCUCCCAUAUAAGCCGCAAUUCUUACUGGAAUUGGCUGAAAUUUUACGCAAUGACUUCUACUAUGGUCUCCAACAUUUAAGUCACUUAUGGCCCGAAUCGGACCAUAACUUGAUAUAGCUCCAAUAUUAUAGCAAUUGUUUUCUUUUAUCUUUUGUUUGCCUAAAAAGAGACAUCGGGAAAAAAAACUCGACUAUGGUGAAUGCUUUAUAAGAUUUAAAAGCCCAGUAACUUGCGAAUGUUCACAUCCGCUAAAUCAGACAGGUUCUCAAGGAAAUGAGAACCUAAAGUGGAACUCCUUCUAACUGCUAGUGCAGGACACACACUCAGAAGGUGUUCUAUAGUCUCUACUUCUUCGAUGUCCUCACAGCUUCUGCAAAAGUCGUUGCUGGCAACCUUCAGUCUGUCAGCAUGUUUUCCGAUUAGACGUUGACAUGUCAUGACGGACACAAUGAUUGAGACGUCUGUUCUAGGCAAUGACAGAAAAGCAAUAGACCUCUUCAAGUCUAUAUGAGGCCACAUAGUUUUGGAAUGCUCACAGCCCCCUAGCUUACAUGUCGCUAGAGGCAUACCCACAGAUUCCAGUGUCCCUGGAGUGUGUAAGGUAGUUCCUUUAGAAUUCCCUGGAAUAUCUCUGUGGACCGGCACCCAGAGCAGGUGAAUUUUGAACUGUUCAGCCAUCUCGUUGGGAGAACUGCGAAAGUCUAGGGUCCAGUAAUUUAAUGGCUGUCUGAGAAGAUAUUUAUGUCAAUCGUCGUAAUGACAUAUCUUAGCCAUUCCACCACUUCCUUAAUUGCAAGGAUCUCCGCUUGAUACACACUGCAGUGGUCGGGUAAACUUAUCGAUAACGAGUUCUAGAUCUUCAUCCUACCUGGUCGUUUAGUAUGGAACCAUCCGUAUAGAAGUCUAUGUAACUUACGUUAGCAGGGAUAUCGUAGUUCCAAUCGGUUCUAUCAGGAAUUGUAGUACAGUAAUUUUUAUCAAAAAGCGGCUCAGGCAGGGUGUAGUCCACACUGCUUGGAACAUCGGAUAUUGUUUCAAGUAUAACACAGUAUCCGUGGCCGCCACAUGACCAAUGAGAAAGCUCCCUUAACCUCACGACAGUGGUCGCUGCAACUUGGGUAGCCACAAUGACCAGAGGCAUAAGAUGUAGCAUUAAAUUCAGUGCAUCAGAUGGUGUCGUCCUCAGUGCGGCUGUGAUGCACAAAUAAGCCAUCCUUUCGAUCCGGUUAAGUAUUGAACAGUAGGUGGAUUUUUGAAGCGCCUUCCACCAUAACAUCAUAUAGGAUAAUAGGUCUGACAACUGCAGAAUAUACCCAAUGCAUGACACGCGGUCUAAAUCCCCAACUUUUGCCAAUGGCUCUCUGGCAGAUGUAUAGGGCAAGAGUGGCCUUUCUUGCCCUUUCCAAAAUGUUGGAUUUGAAGUUCAGUUUCCUGUCCAGCAAAACACCCAGCUAUUUUGCGCUUCCUAUAAAUGGAACAUUCUCUCCACCCAAGGAGACAGGUUGCACUGUAGGCUACUUGUAUCUCCUGCUGAAAAUAACUAGUUCUGUUUUGCACGGAUUUAUACCCAGACCACUUUCGGUAGCCCACUUUGCAGUUGCACGUAGAGCUUCCUGAAGUAUAUCUCUUAGAAUGCUGGGAAACUUUCCCCUAACCGCAAUUGCCACGUCAUCAGCAUAUGCGAACACUUUUACGCCUUUUUCUUCCAGAGACAAUAAGAUAUUGUUAAUGGCUAUAUUCCAAAGUAGAGGAGACAGUACACCUCCUUGAGGGGUUCCUCUGUUGACCCAUCUUUUUAGAUCCCCUAUGUAGCCGACUAAGUCGUGAAAGGCUGUUUCAGUGGAUUUGCCUUUACUAUAUGCAUGCUGCUGCCGCGACAGGCGAUCUCCAGGGAUCUUUGCCCUAAGAUAUGUUUCUAUCAACCUCUCAAGAGUCGUCAGCAUAAAGGAUGAAGACUAAUAGGACGAAAAUCUGUCGCCUUCCUGUGGUAGGGUUUUUUGCUGCUUUCGGAAUGAAAAUGACCUUCGUGUCCCUCCAUCCCACGGGUGCCCAUCCAUCCCACAUUCUGAUACAAGCUAUCAGAAUGUCUAUCAGACACAGCUUGUAAUUCAACCGGUGAUAUAACAUCAGGGCCUGGCGACAUAAGGGAGUCCAAACUUCUUAUCGCCCAUCUUAUCUCAGACACAAUUCCCCUAAUGGCCUCCGACGAAUGCAUAUCAGUGACAACCUCUUCUGGCGCCACGUUUACCGUUGUAAAAUUUCCCGGGAAAUGUGUAUCAACGAGUAGUUCUAGUGUUUCCUCACUAGACAUUGUCCAUACUUUCUCUGACUUCUGGAUAUUGCAAAUUUUGCCCAUGAACAUUCCACUAAGGAACAGGGGCAAACUUCUCACAUAUCAAUGAGUUCAGUCCGAUUCAAGUUUAAGCUCAAUGAUAAGGGGCCUCCUUUUUAUAGCCGAGCCCGAAAGGCGUGCCGCAGUGCGACACCUCUUUGGAGAGAAGUUUUACAUGGCAAAGCACCUCACUAAUGUUGCCAGCAUUAGGAGUGGAAAACCACCGUUGAAUUUUUUUUUCUGAUGGUCUCGCCAGAAUUCAAACCCAGGCGUUCAUCGUCAUAGGCGGACAUGGUAACCUCUGCGCUACGGUGUGUGUUUUAGUGGACGAAAUAAAUAGGACUUGUCUUUUGCUGUAUAAUUUUCGAUUAUGUUGUUUAGAUCAGAGUUCACGUGUAUCCUUAGUUUACUGGCGUGUCUCUGUACAGUGGAGGAGAUCUCUUCGACUAUUGUUUUCACAAUACCAUGGCAGCCGGUUGUACAUACCGGAUUGACCCGAUGAAGUCCUUCAUCGCCAAGGGCUGCCGUCACAGCGUACAUCACACUGCCACAACAACAACUAUUGUUUUCACCUUUAAGUCUCUGUGAAGAUCGGCAUUUCCAAUAUACCACGGUACAUUGACAAUCGUGCGCAGGAUUUUAUUUUGCGUUUUUUGUAUUUUUUCUACAUCGGCCGAUCCUCCGAUUUAGGUUCUUAGGCCAAUAAAAGCCAUAUUUAUUAUCCGAUUUUGCUGAAAUUUGGGACAGUGAGUUGUGUUAGUCCCUUCGAUAUCCUACGUUAAUUUGGCCCAGAUCGGUUCAGAUUUGGAUAUAGCUGCCAUAUAGACCAAUCCUCCGAUUUAGGGUCUUAGGCCCAUAAAAACCCCAUUUAUUAUCCGAUUUUACUGAAAUUUGGAACAGUGAGUUGCGUUAGGCCCUUUGACAUACUUCGUCAAUUUGGCCCAGCUCGGUCCAGAUUGGGAUAUAGCUGCCAUAUAGACCGAUCAUAAAAAGCGCAUUUAUUGUACGAUUUUGCCGAAAUUUGAGACAGUGAGUUGCGUUAGGCUCUUCGUCGUCCUUCUUCAAUUUCGCCCAGCUCGGUCCAGAUUUGGAUAUAGCUGCCAUAUAGACCGAUGUCUCUGUUUUAGGUUUUGGGGCCAUAAAAAGCGCAUUUAUUGUCCGAUUUUGCCGAAAUUUGAGACAGUGAGUUGCGUUAGGCUCUUCGUCGUCCUUCCUUAAUUUGGUAUAGACCGAUCUCUCGAUUUAAGGUUUUGAGCCUAUAAAAGGCGUAUUUAUUGUCCGAUUUCGCCGAGAUUUGGGACAGUGCGUUGUGUUAUGCUUUUCGACAUCCUUGUCGUAUAUGGUUCAGAUCGGUUUAUUUUUAGUUAUAGCUUCUAAAAAGACCAAUAUUUUGUUAUACACAAUUGAACAAUGACUUGUACCGAUUAGUAUUUGAUCCAAAUCGGAACAUAUCUCGAUAUAACUGCUAUGGGACAUAAGGCACGCAAUUUACACCACCACCCGAGGUGGUGGGUAUCCAAAAUUCGGCCCAGCCGAACUUAACGCCUUUUUACUUGUUUCAAAUGGCAUAGUUUCUCAUGACAGUCGCCAGCAUUUGGAGGCGAAAAUUUUUUCUUAAGCUUUCGCCAGAAUUCGAAUCCGACGUUAGGCGAAUAUACUACUCUUUUAGUUUAUUAAUAUAAAGCUCACAAGAAAACUAACUCGAUAAAAUGUUAGGUCUUCAACCUGUGUUCUUUGUUUGAUUUAAGUUUUCUUUUGUUUGUCCAUUUUAUUAUAAUAGCUAAGUAAAACCAAAAAAUUGCAUUUGAAAUUUCCAAAAUCAACCUUGAAAAGUGUAUGCAUACAUUAUUUGUUAAAUGUUUGUAUUAGAGGAAAAGUAUUAUUUUAUGAUCGAACAAAGAUUAAAGAGACAGUCUUUCCAAAACCAAAUUUGUGUGAUAUAGGAAAACAACUUUUAGACUAAAGAUAUAAAGAAAACAACUAAAUCCCUAUAAAAAAAUGUUAUUUAAGAAAAUGAAACAAAAACGAAACGAAACAACCAAUUAUAAGUAAAAACAAUUAUUUAUAGCAACGCUGAUGCCUAAAUAAAUAAUGAAUUUUUACUUAUACAUCAAUAAAGAACACAUGCUCCUAACUAACAAAGGGGGUGGAAACAAAUUUCCCUACAAGGGUUAAAAAAAGUAACAUUUUUUAUAUGUAACACAAGAAAGAAAUUUAGCCUGAAGUAAAAAAAACUCACACAAAUCAUCAUUAGAAAUGAACAAAACAUUUUUAUUUGCUUUUUUUUUUUUGAUAAAUACUCUAAGGUCAUUUAUACAAGAAUAAUCAUUGGCAUCCUGGAGGAGCUUUUUUUAUUUGCGAAAUUCUGAAUUAUUGUCUGAAGUUAAAGGUGUUAUGCAGAAUCAAAGGAACGUGCUUUGAUCCAUUCUGAUAUCCUUUAUGAAACAUACACUGCUACUUUGUUAUUUUAUAAAAAAAAAAAAUGUUAUAAACGAAAGUUUAUGGAAUAGCGUCAAAAUCUUAUGCGACUAAAUUCUUGUUAAUAUGGGCAAUUUUGCAACAUAGGUCGUAUACGACAAGAUCCACAGGUUGCUUGGUCUUAACAGAUCACACAUUUCCUAUUUUUGUUUGUGUGAAAAAAAAUGAUGUACAACUGCUUUGAAAAAUGUUGUAAAACUUACAAAAAAACACUACCUUCCUUAUCUUUCAUGAGGGGAUUUAAAGAUGCCCACUUAUAUUUUGUAAAAACAAUGCAAGGUAUGUUUGCAAUAAGCUUGCACAAGAUUGAAGCUUGACUUGCCUUCCUACCACAAACACAAAAAGAUCAAACAACCUGUCCGAGGACUUCAGCAAAGUCCGGAGUUCAUCCAUUAGUAGACCUGGGCUCAAUAACUGAACUCACACCAUCAUCUCUAGAAUAUUAAUAAUAUUAUUUUUUUUUAUCUUAAGAAAAUAACAAUGUUCGAAACCUUGUACAAGCUUACAUUAUUAUUUGUAAUGUUUUGUUGACUUUAACUCGAUGCUUUCAAUAGGACAAAACAACAACAUCGAUUAAUUCGUUAAUCAAACAUCAUAUUUAUUUUUCUAUUUCGAGAAAAUGUUGAAAACCAAAAGAACGAAACACAGCAUGAAACAUUUAUCAAUACAAUAAUGUUUGUAUAAAUUAAAUGUUUCAAAAACAUGCAAGGAUAAUAUCAAAUCGUAACUUUUUUGAAAGUUAUAGAAAAGGAGUUAUUUUGAAUCAAUAAAAUGUGAAGAAAAAGAAACCACAAAA